UGGCCCCGCCUCCCAUUUCCCUAUCAUAGCGGAAACAGGAGAUUAAACAUUAGCCCAAAACAAAAUGGGGGCAUCUCUGGAUACUCCAGCCAAGUGCCUUCUCUGCGACGCCAUGACCCCGAACCCCGUCGCCCUGAAAUGCAACCACCGGUUCUGCCGGAGGUGCAUUGGAGACCUGUGGAGCGUCACCCCGUCCGGACCGUACCACUGUCCCGAGUCCAGAUGUAAAGUCGUCUACCAGACCCUUCCGUUCGAGGACAGCUUCAUUCGGCCGCCCACCCCGAGCCGACAGCCGCCUCCACGCAGCCCUGCAGGGACAUCAUCCAGUCAGAAUGAACGAAGUACAUCUGCCUCCGAGUGGAUGAGACCUGCACUGUCCAGCAUGCUCAGCAGGAAGAGAAAGGCCAGCACGCCUCUCUCAGAGGAGCACGUCGCAAAGCGAUCCACCGUCGAAUCUCCCCACGAGCGGACCGGGACCACCGAGACCCCCACCGCCUCCCUGUCGGAUAAACCCGGGCGUUCGGCCGUUGCGGGGACGUCUGCUAAAGCAGCGGACCCCGGGCCCAUACCGUCUGCGAGUGGUGACGGCAUAUCCCCCACCAGCACCUCUGAAGGCGAAGUAGCUGAAAGCGAUGUCCCAAUACCGCUGGAUGAUUCUGACAGCUCCAGCGAAGUAGAUCUCUGUGAUGCUCCUCUUACUGCGACCCCCAAGAAAGACGCCCGUGCUGCAGGAACUUCCACCUCACCAAAGAAACCCGCCACACCCACGAGCUCUGACAGCCGUCCUGCGGGCUUAAAUCCAGGGAAGCAGCCGGCUCCCGUCAGCAGGAUCCCUUUGGCCUCCACCAGGAGCCCGGCAGCUGCCUCCGGCCUCUCAAACCGCCUCGGCCUCUUCUUCAGAGGCGAGAAGGCGGGCGCCAGCCCCGUCCCCUGUCACUACUGCCCUAAAAGCGGGAGCCAGCCGGCGGUGAAGACCUGCCUGGUGUGCGGGGCGUCCAUGUGCAGGGAGCACCUUCGCCCUCACCUGGAGUCGCCGGUCUUCCAGAAUCACACCUUGGUUCCUCCCGUGGAGGACAUCUCCCUCUGGAGGUGCCAGGAGCACCACGAGAUAAACCGCAUCUACUGCCGCGACUGCGCGGCGUGCGUGUGCACCGUGUGCACGGUGAUCGGCUCCCACCGCGACCACGCCUGCAUCAGCAUCAGGGAGGCGGAGAAGGAGCUCAGGGCAAACCUGAAAGAAGAGAUCAAGCAGCUGCAGGGCGCCGAGCAGCGAGUGAAGGACAGAGUGACUGAACUCACAGAGAAGAAAGAGACUUUCAGAGUGGUUUUAACCGAGGCACUAGACGGAGUCAAGCAGCAGUACGGAGCCAUCAGAGAGGCUCUAGAGCAGGAGGAGCAAUCGGCUCUUCGCUGUGUGAUGAAGGAGGAGACCCGGGUCCUGGGGGGUCUAGAGAAGAAGCUCUCCCUGCUCCAGAACUCACUGCAGUCCAUCCAAAACGGCCUCCACACCCUGGAGGGUCUGGCCGAUGCCAGGGCGGACACCCGCAUCCAGGACCAGGCCUUCAUUAUGGAAUACAGCAGGGUUUCUCAGCUCGCCAGUGACGUGGGGAAUUGUGCCGAGCAGUUCGAGCCUCCAGAAGAAGUGGACCGCGGCCGACUGAGCUGCCUGCAGCAGUGGACAGAGAAACGGCUGGACACCGUGGUCAUCACCAUGCCCGGCAAUGACCGAGAUCUCUACAGGCUGCUGUACGGCACCGUUCCUGCCAUGGAUGCCGACACGGCUCAUCCCAAGCUGCAGCUGUCCGACGACAACAGGAAGGUGGCCUACAGCGAGUCCCCGCAGGCCUACGCGGAGCACGAGGCCCGCUUCAGCUCCUUCCCCCAAGUCCUGGCGUCGUCCGCCCUGGAGGGCGGCCGCUGGUACUGGGAGGUGUCGGUGUCGGUGGACGACGGCCGCUGGAAGGUGGGCGUGAGCGAGGGUCAGAUCGAAAGGAAGGGCCAAAAGGACAGCUCCCGCCUGGGCUUCAACGGCUACUCCUGGUGCCUGGCCUGCGACAAGAGGAAGCUGGAGGCCGUGCACAACAAGGAGUCGCUUCCCGUGAGGGCGGAGGGCCUCCAAAGGGUGGCGGUGUUCCUCGACUUCAAAGAGGGCAGCCUGUCGUUCUUCAGCGUGACACCAGGGGGCAGUCUCGCUUUGUUGCAUUCUUACAAGCACACUUUCUCCGAGCCCCUGUACCCAGCUCUGUCUGUGUCUAAAACCCACCUGACCAUCUGCGAUCUGUUCCAGCCGUAGACCAAACAACUUUUACAUUUCCUAUAGCUUGGUGCCUUUUUUAAUAGAUGCUUCUUUUCCUAUUUUUAUUCUAAUGGGAACCGGAGACUUCUUGAUAUUAUUAAGAUGAUAGUUGUUAUAUUCUGCUAAACCUGGAGAAUCUUAAAUGUGAUUUUUAUAUGAUCUGUUAACACUGGAACCGUACCGAGGAAAUAUAUAUACUCCUGAUUAUCAACUGCAUAUGUGAUAUUCCAAACAAUUAUACAUUUCUUUUUAUUACCUGUCUGAGAUUGUACAUGAUAGGCAAGCUUUACCUGCACAAACUUGGAAUUAAAUAUUUUCAACAUGU